AUGGAGACUAGAAACGACACGUCCGACCCCUUCGAGGACGUCCUCAACCUCGAGGAGCGCUUCUACUCAGAAGGCUACCAACUAGGCCUCAAGGAUGGCAUCAAAGCGGGCCGCAUCGAAGGCCGGUCCUUUGGCAUGGAGAAGGGAUUCGAAAAGUUCCUCGAGAGCGGCCGCCUAGCAGGAAAGGCUGUCGUUUGGGCAAACCGCAUGCCACCGAAAGACGGAUCUAGCUCGGCCUGCACGUUACCACCACUGCCGAGGAAUGCAAGGCUAGAAAAGAACGUCAACACCUUGUACGCUCUCGUCGAGCCAGACACACUCUCGACGGAAAACUCGGAUGAUGCGGUUCAAGACUUUGACGACCGUAUCAAGAGGGCGCAGGGAAAGGCCAAGAUUGUUGAACGAAUGGCAGGUGGUGGUGGGAGGGAGUCGUCCGGACCAUCUUCAACGCCAUAG